AUGCCAGUACCAGAGAAGAACAUCAGAGCUCAACGUAGCCCAGUUUCCAGUGAUCUGGCUCCAGUCAUAUUGGUUGGUGUAGAUUCCGACGGUAAGUCCGUAUUGCUUGGCACGGGAGAUGAUGCUGUUGAGGAAGUUGACGUUGGUAGUGGCGGAUUUUUGCCAGUUGGCUGGGGAGUUACUUUGAAGUUGUCUUCUGGGAGUGCAACGAUUCUGUUGGAAUCGACAUCUUGUGGUCUGGCAGAAACCAAAGCGAAGAGGAAAGUAAGGGCGACAAGCUUGAGCAUCUCUUCUGAAACAAAAUGA